UAAAUUUCAUCCUCAGUUUCUCUUCCUCAUGCACUUUUCACUGUUUAUUUAUUGCCAAUAUCAACCUAUCAAUCAUCUUCUCCUUCAGGUCAAACCAUACAACUGUUUCAUUUCCUUUUCAACUUUCUCAAUUCUUCAAAAACUGUUUAUUGAGAAUCUGAAAGAGUUAUAAGUAAGAGUUGGUUCUUUAUAUAAUGGAAGGAAGUUUGGUGGAUAAUGGUGGAGAGAGAGUUGGACGUGGAAACAAGGUUGGUUAUGUGAGAAAAGGCAUUGGCAAAAAAAGGAAACAGCUUCUUCGCAGGGUUAGGAGGUCAGACAUGACUGUUUCAAACACACUUCAGCAGCUCUUUCAUUCAUGCACAGAAGCUUUCAAAGGUCCUGCCACUGUUCCUUCUCCACAAGAUGUUCAGAGAUUGCGUCAGAUACUUGAUAACAUGAAACCAGAAGAUGUUGGGCUAAAUAAAGAUCUGCAGUUCUUCAAGCCUGGAAAUGCAGUGAGAGAGAAUCAAAGGGUCACUUACACAACCGUGUACAAGUGUGACAAAUUCUCACUCUGCAUCUUUUUCAUACCUGAAGGAGGAAUCAUCCCUCUCCAUAACCAUCCAGACAUGACUGUUUUCAGCAAGCUUCUGUUAGGACUAAUGCACAUCAAGUCCUACGAUUGGAUUGACCCAGAGCUCUCUAAUGACAACCUCAUGCAACAACCAUCUCAAUUGAGAAUGGCGAAGUUGAAAGCUGAUAAGGUGUUCACAUCAUCUUGUGACACUUCUGUGCUGUAUCCAACCACAGGAGGUAACAUCCAUGAAUUCAAAGCCAUAACCCCUUGUGCUGUUCUUGAUGUCAUUGGCCCUCCUUAUUCCAAAGAAGAUGGCCGUGACUGUUCCUACUACAAAGAUCAUCCUUGUACUGUUUUCCCAAGUGAGUAUCUCUUUCCAAACACAUUUAUAUUGUUUCAAGGAAUGACAAAACUACAUAGUUUUUUCAUGUUAUUUUCUCAUUAUAAUUGGAUUUCUUCUUGCAUUGAAGAUCAAUACAAGUUAACCAGAAGAAACCCAGUUGUAAUGAGAUGUUACAUCAGUGUGCUUUGAAUACUUGUCCUCUUAAAAAUGAGUAAAUUUCAUGAAAUCUUGUUUUUUGAAUAUUGAAAGCAAGAGGGAAUCUUGGUAUGAGGUUUUGUCCAUUUCAUUGCAGAUUCUGAGCAUGUUGAAUGACACCUUAUUUUCUUGUCUCUGACCAUGAAUGAUUUUACUCUGCAGAAGAAAGGAUUGGUGAGGGGAAAGAAGAAAAGGACAAGGAUAGUUACGCAUGGUUGGAAGAAAUUGAAAUGCCAGAGAACUCAGAAAUGGAUGGCAUAGAGUACCUGGGUCCAACACCAUUUUAGUUUGCUUUAGUUUUUUCAAUAUAUGUAGUAUUCUCAACCUUUUGGUAGUAGCAUCUCACUGUGUACUACUAACGUUAUAUGUUUCCGUAGCAGAACAAUGCAAAAAUCUCAUAUCACUUUCCUCUUUUGUCAAUAUUCAAGGAAUUACUUUUACUUUGA